AUGUUCGCUCCUCGUGUUGCCUCAAGCGUGCGCCGCCUGGUGCAACCAGCACGGCUCAGCAACCCCCGUUGGAAGUCCGCAUUGGUGUCGGCAACGCCUUCGGAUCCAGCAGCUUAUGUGGCCAACAAGCUGGCCAUGUUUGACGCGAUGCAGUUCACACCCAUCCGUGAAAGCACAGUCAGCCGUGAGAUGACCCAGCGCUACAUGUCCGAAAUGCUUGACUAUGCCGAGACGGAUGUUGUGAUCGUUGGCGCUGGCUCAGCAGGGCUGUCAUGUGCUUAUGAGCUCACCAAGCACCCCAACAUCAAGGUAGCCAUCCUGGAGCAGAAUGUUGCUCCCGGCGGUGGUUGUUGGCUGGGCGGACAGCUGAUGAGCUCAAUGGUUGUGCGCAAGCCAGCCGACGAGUUUUUGGAUGAGUUGGAGGUUCCUUACGACGACCAGGGCGAUUACGUCGUUGUCAAGCACGCGGCCCUUUUCAUGUCAUCCGUCCUGCGAAAGGCCCUACUGGCGCCCAACGUCAAGCUCUUCAACGCUGUAGCUGUGGAGGACCUACUGGUCCGGCAGGAAACAGAGGGCGUGGCAGUUCGUGGCGUUGUCACGAACUGGUCAUUGGUGACCCAGAACCAUGACACGCAAUCCUGUAUGGACCCGCAGGUGAUGGAGGCGAAGGUGGUGGUGACUGCCACGGGUCAUGACGGCCCCAUGGGUGCAAGCUCGGCCAAGCGCCUGGAGUCCCUGGGGGCGCUACCUGCUGGACUGCCAGGCAUGGGUGCCCUGGACAUGAACACUGCUGAGGACUCCGUGGUACAGAUGACUAGCGAGGUCGUGCCCGGCUUGAUCUUCGCCGGCAUGGAGGUGGCUGAAGCUCGUGGGUGCAAUCGAAUGGGGCCUACAUUUGGUGCAAUGCUGCUUUCGGGGCAAAAGGCUGCUAAUCUGGCCAUUCAGGCGUUGAAGCGCUCGGGCAGUGGCACCAGUUCCAACGGCUCCGUAGGCAAGGAAGUCGGCCUGCGUAAAGAACAAGUGCUGAGCUUCGACAGCAACCGUUACGAUCUUAGAGGCUUGGCCACCGGGCUCCUGGCAGAAGCGGGGCCGCUGCUGGGUUUCGGCUGCUUUGUUGGAAGUCCAUCCCUGGAGCAAUUCCAAGCUGAGGAGAAGGUCUUCAGCUCCUUCAAAUACGAGAAGACCUGGCGACGUUGCUUGCUCGGAUGCCCGGAGUUCCUGAGAACCUACGACCGGCUCGUCGAGGAAGUCAUCGCGCGACAGCUGCACGCGGAUGAGAAGUAUGGCCACCAGCCGGGCGAGGUGAAUUUCUGGAUGCCUUUGACGGAGUAUAGUUACUUCGCAGCGAUGGUAGUCACAAACAACAAAGAUAACACCAUUCCUGUCACGUUGCUCAGGCAUGCCCGGUGCACCAUCGAGCAGACAUUUCCCAGGCAGCUUGUCCGCUGCGUUGCCAGCCCGGGUUUGCUGAUUGAGGAAGCUUCCGGAGUUGCUGCUCGCCUCUUGCAGGUUGCUGUCGGAUACGUGGACUGCCAGGGCAUGGCUCGCUCUCCCGAGCCAGAGCCAUUUAAGCAUGUUAUCUCACUCGGAUGUCGCUGUUCACAGUCUUCCGUCUACAAGGCGAUGGGGGCACGCCGUUACGCGUGCCCAUUUGACUGGAUCUUCAGCUCUGCAGCCAUGGUGGCCCAUUGCCUGCAAGAUGAUUUUCAUUUAUUCAUGGACAAGAGCCAAUAUUUCCUAAACAGCACGGUGUUCGAUGCGAUCGGCCUGAAACCGGGAUCGGCGCCACGUGAGCGCAAGCUCAUCGGCCAUAGCACUUACUCGACAAUGAUGGCUGGGGUAGGUCGGGGCACGAUCUUCAAUCAUCGUGAUCCUUUACAUGCUGACUCGGACUAUCAGUACCUCCAACGCUGCGUGGAGCGCUUCAGGAGGACGCUGGCUUCCACGGACCGGAAGCUCUUCGUUAUUCUCAACUUGAAUCCUCAGCUUUGGGUUGAGCCUGACUUUAUGCAAUUGUUUGAGGAGCUUGCGCAGCGCACAUCCAACUUCAUGCUUAUGGUUUUGGACUGCAGCAGCAAAAAUCUUGGCCCCAGCGUGGCGCAGCUGCCCGCAGAGGAGUUGUUUCGGCAAUGCCGUGCAGGGGGACGCGAAUUCCUGAUGUACAGGCUCCCCUGUGUUGGGGACAACACAGGUUCAUACUUCCGGGAAGAGGUUGACGCGCAGCGCGUGCGUGGCUUGCUUCUGGACCAGUAUCGCUUCGACCUCGCACCAGACCCCCUGCAGUUGGAUGCAGCGCCGUCAUCCUUCGCUGGCUAUGUCCACACCGGCGAGCCUAUCGAGCAUUCUGCCGUGAGAGCUGCGAGUGCUGCCAGUGCUGCGAGUGCAGGCGUGACUGUUGCUCGCUCCCGGUGGAAAGGCAAGGAAGCCCAGCAGAUCACACAGCAAGUGCUGCAACAGGCGACUGAAGGCUCUGAAAGGCCAGUUCGUCGCUGGGCUCGUGCUCUCCAGGUUUGA